AUGAGAAGGGCACCAGGAAGACCCAAGAAGCAGCGGAAUAAGACUAAUGAUGAGCCUAAGAACCCUCACAAGCUAAAGAGACAACAAUCUACAAUUAAGUGUGGCAGAUGUGGGGAAUGGGGCCAUAAUGUUAGGACAUGCAAAGGGAAGACUGCUGCUGAUAGGGAGAUACCAACUGGUGGAAAUCAGGUAACAUCAAAAUUUGUUCACCCUGAACAGAGGGUGAGUAAUGCACAGGGAAGUGGAGCUGGAGCAGGGCCAAGUAAUGCACAAGGAAGUGGAGCUGGAGCAGGGCCAAGUAAUGCUGGAAGAGGAGCUGGAAGGGGAGCAGGUAGAGGAACUGGAAGGGGAGCAGGUAGAGGAGCUGGAAGGGGAGAAGGUAGAGGAGCUGGAAGGGGAGCAGGUAGAGGAGCAGGAAGGAGAGCUGGAAGGGGAGCUGGUAGAGGAGCAGGAAGAGGUCAACCAUUACCACCACCACAAGCCACUCAGCCUAUUCAGAACUCUCAAACAGGCAGCACAUUAACCUCACAACUUCCAAGUGCUUCUCAGGUUGAUGAAAGGUCAAGGAAGAAGCAGAAAAUGGUGGUGGGAACUCAAGGAAGCAAUGCAUAA